AUGAUUCCUUCCUUCCUUCCUUCCUUCCUUUUGCACCUUUUUUCCUUCCCUUCUUCCGUUUCUUUCUUUCUUUUAUUUUUCUUUUCCUUUUACGUAUCUUUCUUUUCUUUUCUUUUCUUUUUAAGGAUUUUUCAUAUAUUCUCUCUCUAUAUAUUUACUCCUUCUUCCGUUUCAUUCUUGUUUCUUCAAUUGGUCUUCACUUAUUUUUCAAAUGAUUCCUUCCUUCCUUCCUUCCUUCCUUCCUUCCUUCCUUCCUUCCUUCCUUCCUUCCUUUCUUUUUUACGUUCCUUCCUCUCUAUAUAUUUACUUUCUUUUUCAUUCGAUUUUUCAUAUAUUCUCUCUCUAUAUAUUUACUCCUUCUUCCGUUUCAUACUUGUUUCUUCAAUUGGUCUUCAAUUGGUCUUAUUUUUUUCAAAUGAUUCCUUCCUUCCUUCCUUCCUUCCUUCCUUCCUUCCUUUCUUUCUUUCUUUCUUUCUUUCUUUUACGUAUCUAAGGAUUUUUCAUAUAUUCUCUCUCUAUAUAUUUACUCCUUCUUCCGUUUCAUUCUUGUUUCUUCAAUUGGUCUUCACUUAUUUUUCAAAUGAUUCCUUCCUUCCUUCCUUCCUUCCUUCCUUCCUUUCUUUCUUUCUUUCUUUCUUUCUUUCUUUCUUCCUUCCUUCCUUUUUCUCGUAUCUCUUUUUCUUAGACCUUUUUUCGUGUAUUCUCUCUCCUUUCGUUUCAGCUUUAUUCACCCUUUCUUGGUCCUUCUAUUGGUCUUCACUUAAUUUUUCCAAGGAUUCUUUCUUUCUUACUUUCUUUCUUUGUUUUUUUCUUUUCUUUUCUUUAGAAUUUCAAAUUUCUUUUUAUCUUUCUUUUUCACUCAACAUAUCUCUUACACAUUCUUUUUCUAUGUCCUUUUUUAAGUGUCCGGAAUCCUUUUUUCUCUGUCUUCUUUUUUAUGUUCUUUCUCCUCUCUCUCUCUUUCACGCUCUCUUUUCUCUCUUUCACUCCCUCUUUUCUCUCUCUCACCCUCUCCUUUCUCUCAUUCACUCCCACUUUUCUCUCUUUCACUCUCUCAUAUCUGUCUUUCAUUCUCUCCUUUCUCACUCUCUCGUUCUCUCCUUUCUCUCUCCCACUCUAUACUUUCUCUCUUUCGGGCUCCCCGUUCUCUCUCUCACUCUAUGCUUUCUCUCUUUCACUCUCUCCUUUCUCUCUUUCACUCUUUCCUACUCUCUCCCACUCUGUCUUUUCUUUCACUCAUUCCUUUCUCUCUUUUACUACCUCUUUGCUUUCUUUCACUCUCUUCUUUCUCUCCUACCCAACUUCCACUGCUAUCUUCUGAUUCUGUUGCUCCUCCUUCUCAGUUCCUUUCUAUCUCCCUCGUUUCCUCACUCGCUAUUUGACUGA